UUUAUAUUCAAUUCCAGGCACCAACUGAGCAAUGUUAUGGUUACUUUCUAUUCAUUAAUUCAGAGUAUUUAUGGUUCUUUCAAGCUUCCUUGAAAACUCAUUUUUAUGAGAUAACUGGGAGAAGACUGUUGUGUAGAUUCCAUUUUUCAUACUUCGCAAUGAAAACCUUUCAGGAAUACUUGCCAGAAACUGAAAUUACCUACAGCUGUGUGCACUGUCGUGCUAAUUUGGCUGCUCACGAAGACCUGAUAUCAAAGAGCUUUCAAGGAAGUCAAGGCCGAGCGUACUUGUUCAACCAAGUGGUGAACAUAUCAUGUGGGCCUUGCGAAGACAGAAUCCUUCUAACAGGGUUGCAUUCGGUGUGUGACAUUUUCUGCGAUUGUUGUCGGACAACACUUGGCUGGAAAUACGAACAGGCGUUCGAAAGCAGUCAGAAAUACAAAGAGGGCAAGUUCAUUAUCGAGUUAGUGCACAUGGUCAAGGAGAACGGAUGGACGUGACACUAGUCAAGCCCAGCCCCCCUUCAACUUUCGCCCCCACCCCCACCUCCCCAUUCAUUACAGCUCUUAAACACGGACCCUCAACCCCACCCACCUUUUCUUCUAUCCGAAGCCAUUCUACCUCCGACACACGUUUCCUUCUCUCUUAUCUUUCCACGCCUCGUCAAGUUUCAAUGUUACCUAUUUUUAUUACAGUUACUGUUGAUUUUUACCUUAAUGCUCACUGUUUGCUCAAUAUUAAUGAUAGUUCAGCAUGGCUCAAGUUAGAUUUUAGAAAAAAUGCUUCGAAAAAAAUAUAAGCAAUCUACCAAAGAAUGAAACUUUCGCGAUUUCUCUUGUUGAACCUUUUUGGUGCGAAGUUGACCAUUGUUUUAUUUCUGUUUAUCAAUCUUUAAAAUAUUCAACAGUUGCUUUCCAUCUUUGGCCUCAUCUUCAUUUUUUCCGAACAGAAGUUCCGUUGAACUUUGAGUAAUUGCGAUUCAUGUCUUUCCAUUUGGCUGGGACAAUCAGUUUUUCUGUGUUUUUCCUGAACCCCCACUGUUAUUAUUUUCUGAUUUACUGAACAAAUGGAACAAAUCUUUGAAAGAAAACUACAAAUGGAAAGAAUUGCCAUUAUUUAGAUUAUCAGUUCUUUUGUAGGAUUAUUUGACGUUUGACAACAAUGUCUGAAAUCUUGUCUUGUGGUUUAUGGUCGCAAUAAAACCACAAUUUUGGCCAUAACUUUGGAGCGACCAAGGGUGGUCUGGUCUUUUAUCUAAAUUGUUAAACGUCUGCGUUUUAAUUUAUUUCGACAUUUAUUGUUUAUUUUAAUUUGUCUGGGGGUUUUGUAACAUCACAUGAAGCAUCAAAAAUGACGAGAAACAGCAGAUGAGACUCAAGAUGUUAUCUUUACAUGCGAAAGGUCAACUUUGAGGUUUGACGAAGUCAAGAGGUCAAAGGGUCAACGUGCUUAACCAGAAGAGAAAAAUUAGAUUAGAAUAGAAACGCGUUUUGGUUUCGAUUGAUAUUUUUCCGAACAAGUAGAAACUCGAGUGUGCUACUCGCCAGCGGUGCUAAACUUAACCUAUAGAAUUACUCUCUCUUCUCUCUCUUCGUUACAAACUCACAUUACUAUAUAGAUACAAAUCAAAGCAGAGUUAGUUUAAUUUGGAUAAGUUAGAUGUCUAAUUUUUGAUCAGAGUUCUCCCUAAACGUGCAAAUUAGAAUAAUAACCCGCAGCUCACUUCACUGUGUGUAAGUUAACAUGACUGUUGUCGCGUGUUGGGUGUAGAUCUAUUUAGUUAGUGUUAAAAAGUUAUUUUGGUUAUCGUUAGAUAGUUUAAAGUUAAUGCUGUAAAUUGAAUUAUAAUGACAUAAUCGAAGUUUUUUACCUGGCAUAUGUAUCGUCAAGAGCUAUAUGUUAAACAAAAAUUUUUAAAAAUCUUCAAAUAGUUAAAGAAAUGCCAUUUAUAAAAUUUGAAAUGAGUAUCAGUGUAAUUUUUUUCAUAUCUUGCUCUGCGAAUAUAAAUCUUGGUGCCAGAAUCGAAACGUCUGCCUAAAUCGAAAAAUUUUUGCUGCUAAGCGUUCAAAAUUUGCUGAAAUGCCAAUGUUGCUUCUCUAUGAAGUUAAGUAUUUUAACUAUAAUGACAUACAUAAAUGGUGAAUUAGUUAUUUUUGUAGUAA